UUGUUCCAGCAGCGACGAGCCAUCCUGAAAGCCAGCUGCAAAGACAACAGCAAAAAAUAAAAUAGUAAUAAGUAAAGAAGCAGUCGGACCGGCACGCAUUUUAACCCUUCUUUCGGGCUUUUGUAGUAGUUUUUUUUAAAAACAUAUAUUCACCGUUCAAAAUGGUUGAGGAUGUGAUGGGGUGCUGUCCUGCUAUCGCUAGCUAGGCGGACAAAUUCCUUCAACCCAGCCUGCUGUUUCAAUCACUGCGGGUUGACACAGCAGCUGAGGCGUUGCUGGGGAAGCUAGCGCCCGUAGCCGCUGCGUCUAAUUUAGCCAACGCGAGCUAAUAUAUAGUGCAAUACUCCUCGGUUAUCACUUUAACGAAGGCUUAGCUGGCAUUGAGCUAUUUUUUCGGGUGUUAACAAGCUAGCAAACGUCGGCGAGGCUGCACAAAUAUCAACUGUUAAAGGGUUGUUUUUUUGGAUGUGGCGACACUGCAGCUUUCAGACACUUUUUGGCGGAUCGUGAAGCUAGAAAUUUGGACCGGACGAGAAGGACGAGAGCUGUGACAGAGCAAAAGGGGGGUUAUUGGUAUAAACCGGCUAUCGAGUGGGUUAAAUCUGUUAACACACAUUGUGCAGUCAUUUUUAAUAUUAGCCGUGUUAAUAUAGCGGAGCAUCUCGGGGAGGCCCCACCGUCCUGCUGACUCCCUCCCCUUGUCCGACUCUCCCGUGAUUUGCCGAGGACACCCGGGUGAAGUCGCAGUUGUUCUCGGCCGGGGGGGACAACUUGACAGCGAGGCCCCUAGCUAGUCUCCCUUCCCCCCCACCACCACCACCACCCACCAACCAACCACCCAGUCCCGUCCAAUCAUCCGUCCAGCCCCGACAGACCACCACCACCUCCUCCUCCUCGCCCCUGACAUCGAAGCGAGAGGACCGGGGGGUUUUCUCUCUUUUCUUUUUUUUUUGGGGAGAAGCUGAAACCGUGGGCAAGUGUCGUCGUGGUCCCGUCUUAACCGGGCUGCCACAAGCAGAGGGGAUGACUCUGGAGUCCAUGAUGGCUUGCUGCCUGAGCGAAGAGGCGAAGGAGUCGAAACGAAUCAAUGCAGAAAUUGACAAACAACUGCGCCGAGACAAGCGAGACUCCAGGAGAGAGCUGAAAUUACUUCUUCUCGGUACGGGAGAAAGUGGCAAGAGCACCUUCAUCAAGCAGAUGAGGAUCAUCCAUGGAGCCGGCUACUCAGACGAAGACAAGAGAGGCUUCAUCCGACUUGUUUACCAAAACAUCUUCACCUCCAUGCAGUCCAUGAUUCGCGCCACUGAGAACCUCAAGAUCCCCUACAAAUAUGAACAGAAUCGGUCUAAUGCCAUGCUGGUGAAGGAGGUGGACAUUGAGAAGAUCAAUGGGUUUGACCAGCCCUACAUCGUAGCUAUCAAAACCCUCUGGGCUGAUCCGGGGAUCCAGGAGGCUUAUGACCGCCGCCGAGAAUACCAGCUCUCUGACUCCACUAAAUAUUACCUUAGCGAUAUUGACCGUGUGACUGCGGAGGGAUAUGUUCCCACCCAGCAGGAUGUGCUGAGGGUCCGUGUUCCCACCACGGGCAUAAUAGAGUACCCAUUUGACCUCGAGAACGUCAUCUUCAGUUAUCUUACCGAUCUGGAUCGUAUUUCAGAUUCCAACUAUCUUCCCACUCAGCAGGAUGUGCUCAGGGUGCGCAUCCCCACCACAGGAAUCAUAGAGUACCCCUUCGACUUGCAAAGCAUCAUUUUCAGGAUGGUGGAUGUCGGGGGUCAGAGGUCAGAGAGGAGGAAGUGGAUUCACUGCUUUGAGAAUGUCACUUCCAUCAUGUUUCUUGUGGCGCUUAGCGAGUACGACCAGGUCCUGGUGGAGUCAGACAACGAGAACCGCAUGGAGGAGAGUAAAGCUCUGUUCAGGACUAUCAUUACCUACCCCUGGUUUCAAAACUCCUCCGUCAUCCUCUUCCUCAACAAGAAGGAUCUGCUAGAGGAGAAGAUCUCCUACUCACACUUGGUGGACUACUUCCCUGAGUUUGAUGGUCCCCAGCGAGAUGCACAGGCAGCGCGGGAGUUCAUCCUUAAGAUGUUUGUGGACUUAAACCCAGACAGCGACAAGAUCAUCUACUCUCACUUCACUUGUGCCACAGACACUGAGAACAUCCGCUUUGUGUUUGCAGCUGUCAAAGACACCAUCCUACAGCUCAACCUUAAAGAGUACAACCUGGUGUGAAGGCUCUCGUACGAUGCACAUCUCCUCCCCAUUGCACAAAUGCACACCUCUUUCGGAGUGUGCGCUCAACCUCCUCAUGCAUAACACAGCACAUCAUGCUGGCUCACACACACAUACACACACACACACACACACACACACACACACACACACACACACACUUACACACACACACACACACACACACACACACACACACACACACACACACACACACACACACACACACACACACACACACACACAGAGAGACACACACAACCAACAGAACCCUUCCUUUUUUCUCUCCCUCCCCCCAAGUACACUACAUUCACAGAUCCUCCCACCUGCAAACGCCGCCCUUCUCUUUCACCAAAGCUCGCCCUCUUCCUCCUUUGCUCGGCAGCUUGUUGUGUCAGAGUCCUCGCUCCUCCCAAAGCUGCUCCGUGUCUGAUUUGGCCUCGGCUGCUGGCUCUGGCACAUUUCAUCUGGCACACAAACCUUUCACACGGGCUGUACAGUGACUGAAAGGGACUUUGGUGUUUGUGUGUGUGGUACGUUUGUGUGCGUGCGUGCGUGUGUGUGUUGCAUCGACUAGCGAGGAGCUGUGUUUUGGUGGAUAUCGGCAUCAAACCCCUUGGCCCUCUGGAGUUGAACCCAAGUGGUGUGAGAUCAGAUCCUCCGUUGUCUACUUUUCUGAGCUCCCGCCGGUGUGGAAGGAAGUGAACACUGAAUCUCCCAAAAAACAUCUGAGGACCAGUGAGCGGCACGGUGCUCCUUUUUGAAAUCCUACCACAGUGUGACAGUGUUGGGACAGGAUGUGAGGUCGCACACAGGACGCAAGGGGACGGGGGCCGAGGAUUCUGUCUCCACCUCGCAUCUAUGAAUGUACCCACCAGUGUGAGCAUCGCAAUCGCAAAAAAUAGAAAUAUAUAUAUAAUGAAGUAAAUGUAUAUGUAAACACACUUAAGACAAAAGCACGAGAGGGCAAGAAAUAGCAAAUCAAAAUCUGUCCACUGCUGAGAUUUUUAAAAUGUUUUUAAUGAUAGAAAUUUGUUGCUACGUCUACUUCUAUUUAACAAAUUAUGGCUAAAUGGAACGGUGAUAAGAAAAAUCUAUAAAAACUUUUAAACUUUGCAUAACAAAGACAUCUAAAAAAAAAAAAAGAAGCAACUACAAAUUUACUUGAUAAGUAUCCUUUAAAGAUUUCUGUGGGACUAGUUUUUUUAUGUUUAAGUUAAUCACAUGGCUUCCCUCCUCCAGAGGUUUUCUGUAUGGAUUCACAGGGACAAUCUUCCAUGUGACCUUCGCAACAUCUGGCUCCACUGAUACACACCCACACCCUUAUUACAAAACACUCAUAGCGGGUGAGAGGACGCCACUUUUGACAAAGGCUCCACUCUGAUUGGCAGAAGCAGAUGUGGAGGGGAGCGUGAUAACGUCAGUGUUUAUCAGCCCACAGAGUGCAUCUGCAGCUCAGGCUGCGAGUAGCUCAUUCAACAAAAUAAAAGCUGUAAAUUAGACACGCCCACGCCCAGGGUGUGAAAAGAAUCCAUGCGGUAACAUCUGUGAUGACGUGGCACCUGCGUCACUCAGCCGUCCAAUCAGACACACUUCCUGACAGUGACAUAGUCAUUCUUUAUAUCAGGAUGUGCUUCUGUUUACUCUUUUUUUCUUUUUCUUUUUUUUUUUUACUGUAUAGUCACUUUGUUUAUAAAAAGAUUGCUUGCUGUUGAGUGGUGAGAGGAAGAGGGGCUAUGAACCUUUGACAGAAAACGCACUCUGAAGUCUGCAAAUGUCAUUUGUGUAUAUUUGUUUGUAAAUACAUAUACACAAAACACUCCUGUACAAAAACGCUCUGUGGUACACCAUCUUUGGCAAAAAAACAAACAAAAACAAAAAAAACUAACAAAAAAAAGUAUCAACUUCUUUCAUUAGCAUACAGUUUUUUUUUCCUAUGAAUUUAUGGUAGUAUUGAUACUGUGAUAAUGGAUUUUGUUCACUUGAUUAAUAGGACUACACAGAGCUGAGUGGUGUCGAGUAAACGAUCGGCAAGGAGCAAUAGUAAGAGACGAGAGGUUCCUUCCAACCAGCCUCUUAAACCCUCACAACUCCACACUACUGCAACAGCUCUGGCUCCAGAGUAAUACUAACUAGGGCUGGUAAAAACAGUAUGGUGACAAGAUGAUUUAAGAGUAAUUAAAGAUUUUUUUUAUUUAUCUAAUUUAUGGACCAGGUUUGAAGGUGUUGAUAAUUUGACUGCUUUUGAUUCUGUCAUGUUGAAGUGCUCCUUUUCUCAUGGCGGAGCCUACUUGAGUCUGAACUGCUGUAAAAAACAAAACAAAAACAAACAAACAAAAAAAAAACCGAAUGUCUGGUAUAGUAAGGACUUUAUCUCUGCUUUCUAUUUCUUAUUGAGACAUUUCCAGUUGUACUUGCCAUCACGUCUCCAUCCAUGAUAAUACUGUUUGGUUUCUUUAGGAGCCCUCACAUCUGUUUUGUUUGAUUUUUAACAAAAAAAAAAAAAAAGAAACUUGUAUUUCCUCUUGGUUUAUAGACGCAGCGCUGUAAUGCAUACCUAGAAAAAUGUACAGUACGAACGUAGGUGGAAUUUUUUAUCAGUGAUUGAAGACCUCUGCGGGUCCAUGCUUGCUCUUUGUAAUUUAACACAAAAAAUUCUGUUGUUGGUUUUUUGCAUUGUUAAUUUCCAGUUUUUUGAGGCUUGCUUUGAUAGUGCCAGUGAAGUGCAGAUAUACUUUUUUGGUCUUUGACCUUUUGUACAGGUGACUUAUCCUUCAUCCUCAUUAAGGGCUAUCACAGUGCAUCAGGCAUCAGACAGUGGGGAGUGGAGUACAGGACCACAGUGAACCAAGUCAUCCACUACUAAUCCUUGUUUAUAAAUGGAGAUUACUUGUGUGUGUGCUAUAGGAAGUAUAGGCAAGGUGUGUGUGUGUGUGUGUAGAGAGAGUUUACCAACACUAAGCAGUUUUGUCUCUGUAUUUCUUUAUGUAUUUGGCCCUUUCGGUGAAUAAGGUGGACCCAAUAUGUGGCUCUUGGACCUUCAACUAUUUCUCAUUUUGUUGUUUUGCAUUGGUGUGACAGUGUUCGCUGUCAUACUCAUGCAGUACAGAAACACUAAUCAGUACAGACACUACUACCAGGAUGAGUAUUGCAUGUUUCCCCAGAGUAUUUGAGCCGUAGCUGACAGCCAGGAAAUUCUUGAAGACCAUGCUUGAAGCUUUUUGUAUAUUUUAACCCAUUAAUGACAAUUGUCACACUUAAUUACUGACCGUUUCUCCAGUUUAGAGAUUGAAUUUCCACCUUCAGGGCAGCUGCUGGUUUCUGUUCGUGACAUUAAGGGUCUGAAAAGAAAAAAUAAGACAUCAUUUUGCGGGAAUUGUAGAGAAAAUGCAGCAGUAUGCCUAAUUAGCUGCUGUAAAACUUGUAUUAGAAAGCAAAAUGUUCUUAAAAUUAAGGAAUGCCAAUAAUCACAAUGUAAAGAAUAAUGUUUGGUCUUACAUGAAUAACAGUGCAGUUUGGUACUUGAACUAUAGUGAUGAAUUUUAGCCACUCUGAUCUCAACUUUAUUAAUGUGUAAUUUGAUAGAAGUUGACUGUACUUUUUAACCCAUCUCAAGCAAAACGAAGCAAGAAACGGGCACACUAUUCAUUCUCUUUAAACCUUUAGGGUGCUAUGAUUCAGAAACAGAAGUCCACUUUUUAUCAAGGCAUUACAUCAUAACCUCUCACUAAUUUUUCUGUCACUUUAGCUUGAUUGAACAGAAACCAAACACAGCCUAAAAGCUGGGAAAUCAAUUUCAACAUGUACGGUAUGCUUCCAAAAUACUAAGCAAGUCUGAACACUAACUUAAUGGGGCUAAAAUGUAUAUUUAAAAAAAAAAAAAAGCCAGUAUGGUCUGUAACUGCCAUUUUGUCUGCUGAAAAUUACACUAAGCUCGUCACAAGGAGGCAGACAGCCAACCAUUAGAUGGAGACUGCUGUCAUAAAGAGGGUCUGAAUGGGUCGAGACGCCAGUAUUAAGUGAGCGGAAGGAUAUAGCAGUAUAGAUACCCAAGUAUUUAUCAGUGUUCAGAUUUCCUGCGUGUUGAGUGCAGCUCAUUUAAUGGAGUGACUUUUAAACUUGACUCUCUACAACUGGCACAUGGUCAAGGGCUGACUGGCUGUCAUUUGUGUGGUGGUUUUGUUAUCAGCCCGGUGUUGCACAGUGUGUUUUUAUUUUUUGGGUUUUUUUAAUAAAUCUCAACAUGUAUGAGAUGGCAAAGAGGGAAGGCAGUCUGUAUGAAACUUCUCAUUCUCUAUGGGAUUGGUUCUACACUACAACACUCGUAUUUAUUGCCUUGAAUAAUGAAAGCAGUUUUUAGGCAUUGCUGGCCCUGUGGGUGUAUCAUGUACCUUCCUGUGGGCUUGUUUGUUGGAAUAAUUGGAAUCUAACUUAUCUUUUGGACAUCGAGUUUGUGCAUAUUCAAAACUUCCAGCUUGUUCCCUUAUCUUUGUUUUUUUUUCACCAUCUUUCCCUGUAUAAGAAAACAUUACCAGAACACUAAUAUUUAGGACCACUUGAUUUAUUUUUCCUCACUCCAAUGAAACCUGAAGGUCAAUUGUGUAGUGGUGUAUAAAAUGCUGUUUUUUUUUCCUCUUUAUUUUGUAUGUAAACCAAAUGUAAAUGAUGUAUUAUACUGAGUGUGCCAACCCCACUCUCUUUAGAGCCAGGCUCUCUCUAAGUGCCAACGCUGUGGUUAUCAUCAAAGGACCACCACCUGAGAUGGUCCCCCUUUUUAAAUAAAACACACCAGAGACUAAAAGGAUAGACAAUUAAGUACACACAAAGACUUUAUUCUGUAUUUAAGAUUGAAGAUUUAAAAGAUAAUCUGCUGUUUUUUAAGAAACUGUAAUUAUAAUUGCAUGUGCUGUUUAUUUUGUGUUGGAAGUGAGGGCUUGGAUGUUUUCAUUGAAGCAGGUCCCUCGACGAUGAAGGGGUUCCAAUCAGUUGGUUAUUAUCGAUUUAUUGAUUUACAUAACUCUUGCCAUAUUUUUUUAUGUGUUUCAUGUAUUUGUUUCAACCACUGUUGCCUGAUCCUCAUUCAAACAUGAACAUGACUUAUGAUCAUUGCCGCCUUCUAAGAGAGAAACAUAAUGACAAGGUAUCUGUUUUAAAUUGAAAUAAAUUUGUUCCUAUA